CCAGAGAAGAAGAAGGCCAAGAAACGCCAUUAUGAGGACGACGAGGAGGAUGAAGACGAAGCUCCCGGUAAGGAGUCGCAGGAGGCCCUGCCGUCCGCAGCAGGGAAGCAGGUGGAGGACAGCGGCACCAAGGUGGACGAGUACGGGGCAAAGGACUACCGUCUGCAGAUGCCCCUGAAGGUCGACCACGCCUCGCGUCCCCUCUGGGUGGCUCCUGAUGGCCAUAUUUUUCUGGAGGCCUUUUCUCCACUUUACAAAUACGCACAGGAUUUCUUGGUUGCCAUUGCUGAGCCUGUGUGCAGACCGACCCACAUUCACGAGUACAAGCUGACUGCCUACUCCCUGUACGCUGCUGUCAGUGUUGGCUUACAAACCAGCGACAUCAUAGAGUAUUUACAAAAACUGAGCAAGACUGGUGUCCCAGAUGGAAUCAUUCAGUUUAUCAAGCUGUGCACUGUCAGCUAUGGGAAGGUGAAGCUGGUACUGAAGCAUAACAGGUAUUUUGUGGAAAGUACCCACUCUCAAGUCAUUCAGCAGCUUCUGCAAGAUGUCAUUAUUAGAGGCUGUCGCUUGAAAAAUGCUGAGGGUGAAGAAACAGAAAUCAUUGUAGAGACACUCACAAGUAAAUCAGCGAUUGCCAAAUCCAGUGAAAGUGGUCCAUCAACAUCACAGGCAGCAGAUGCUCAGACUAAGCCAGAUGUCCCAGCUGACUUAUUUGAGUUUUAUGAACAGAUGGACAAAGAUGAGGAGGAGGAGGAAGAAAAGCUGGCAGUAUAUUUUGAAGUCAGGCAGGACAUGAUUGAAGAACUUCAGAAGCGUUGUAUCAAUUUGGAGUACCCCUUGCUGGCAGAAUAUGAUUUCAGAAAUGAUUCUCUGAAUCCUGAUAUUAAUAUAGAUCUGAAACCUACAGCUGUCCUCAGGCCCUAUCAGGAGAAAAGUCUGAGGAAGAUGUUUGGAAAUGGCCGAGCCAGAUCUGGUGUUAUUGUCUUGCCAUGUGGUGCUGGCAAGUCUCUGGUCGGAGUGACAGCUGUGUGUACUGUCCGCAAGCGGUGCCUGGUCCUUGGUAAUUCUGCAGUGUCUGUAGAGCAGUGGAAAGCCCAAUUCAAGAUGUGGUCCACCAUCGACGACAGUCAGAUAUGUCGGUUCACUUCUGAUGCCAAAGACAAGCCCAUUGGCUGCUCUAUUGCUAUCAGCACGUAUUCCAUGUUGGGACACACAACAAAAAGAUCCUUCGAAGCAGAGAGAGUAAUGGAGUGGCUUAAAAGUCAGGAGUGGGGCCUUAUGAUACUCGAUGAAGUACAUACUAUUCCUG